AUGGUCCUUGACCUUGGACUGAAAGGCAAGUGCGAUGCUCCACUGACUUCUGCCUUGCCCCGGGCAUCCUUCAGCAGCAGCUCAGCUCUGUCCAGCAGCCACGGCCCUGGAUUUGCUAGUCUACAUAGGAGAGAUGGAGCUGGUGGCUGGACACCCCUUGUAUCAGAUCAACACCAGUGGCUGCAGAUUGAUCUUGGAGAGAGAAUGAAAGUUACAGCUGUGGCCACCCAGGGAGGAUAUGGGAGCUCCAACUGGGUGACCAGCUACCUCCUGAUGUCCAGUGACAGCGGGAGGAACUGGAAGCAAUAUCGACAAGAAGAAAGCAUCUGGGGAUUCCCAGGAAACACCAAUUCAGACAGUGUGGUGCACUGUAGUCUCCAGUCGCCCUUUGAAACCAGGUUCCUGCGCUUCCUCCCUUUGGCCUGGAACCCCAAGGGGAGGAUUGGGAUGCGCGUUGAAGUGUAUGGAUGUGCAUAUCGCUCAGAAGUGGUUCAUUUUGAUGGAAAAAGUUCUUUGCUGUACACCUUUAUUCAGAAAUCCACAACUCCAACAAAGGAAGUCAUUUCUCUGAAUUUUAACUCCAGGAAGAGUGAUGGGAUUUUAUUUCAUAGGCAAGGACGAAAUGGCAAGAAUUUUACCUUGGAACUAGCUCAAGGAAAACUGGUCCUGUCCCUUAAUUCAGGUGAGGCUAACAUGUCCUCCCUUGAUGUGCCAGCAGCCCUCAGCCUGGGCAGCCUGAUGGAUGACCAGCACUGGCAUUCCAUUCUCCUGGAGCUGUACAGCACACAUGGAAGCCUCACUGUGGACAAGUACACUCAACUCUUCCAGGCACAGCCAGGAUCCAGCUAUCUGGAUCUUGGUUAUAAGAUCAGCUUUGGAGGGAUUCCUGAACAUGGAAAAUUGUCGACAUUCCCACACAAAAACUUUGAUGGGUGUUUUGAAAAUCUCUUCUAUAAUGGAGUGGAUAUCACUGAUCUGUCUAAGAAAUACAAAUCACAGAUUCUCUUCAUGGGAAAUGUGUCAUUCUCCUGUUCACAACCUCAAACUGUCCCUAUGACUUUUCUGAGCUCCAGAAGUUACCUGGCUCUGCCUCACACCAACGGAGAGGACAUCGUGGCCAUAGCUUUCCAAUUUCGGACAUGGAACAGAGCAGGGCUGUUGCUGACAAGUCAGCUAUCUCAUAGGUCAGGGAAUCUUGUCCUCUUUCUUGGUGAUGGGAAACUCAAGCUGAGCCUCUCCUCACGUGGACAUCCAGUGAAAACCAUCAUUGCAGGUGAUGGAUUAAAUGAUGGUCAGUGGCAUUCAGUGUCCUUAUCCUCUAAAGGGAAUCAUGUGAACAUGAAGGUGGACAGCAAUGCAGCCUCUGCUGCUCACACCCUUUCUGGAUGGAUGGGCCCCAGUGAUUCUUAUUACUUUGGAGGCUGUCCAGAAAACAUCUCUGGCUCUGGAUGUGGGAGCUGUCUGGAAGGGUUCCAGGGCUGCCUGAGACUCAUCUCUAUUGGUGAAAAAGUGGUGGAUCCCAUCUCUGUACAGGAAGGGGUGCUGGGGAGUUUCAGUGACCUCCAGAUAGAUUCCUGUGGCAUUAUAGACAGGUGUUUCCCCAGCUAUUGUGAACAUGGGGGUAAAUGUUCCCAGACGUGGGCUGCCUUCUCCUGUGACUGCACCGAUACUGGCUACACAGGAGCUACCUGCCAUUCCUCUAUGUAUGAGCAGUCUUGUGAAGCCCAUAAGUACCAGGGCAAAGACUCUUCAGGACUCUACUACAUCGAUUCAGAUGGAAGUGGACCACUGGGACCAGCUCUGGUGUACUGCAACAUGACAGAUACUGUGUGGACCUCAGCACAGCACAAUGGUUCCCACCUAGUCAAAGUCAAAGGCUUGCAGGGAGAUCACCCACAGCCAGUGAUGUUCAAGUACAGGGCCAGCAUGGACCAGCUGCAGGCCAUAGUCAACCAUGCAGAUCACUGCCACCAGGAGCUGACUUUCCACUGCAAGAAGCCCAGGCUCUCAGAGCACCAUGGUGGAUCCCCAGUGACUUGGUGGGUUGGAACCAAUGAGACACAUACACUCAAUGCUCAAAACUGCACUUGUGGAUUAGAGGGCAACUGCAUUGACCCCCAGUAUCACUGCAAUUGUGAUGCCGAUCAGAAUGAAUGGACCAGUGACACAGUAGUUCUUUCCCAUAAGGAACACCUACCGGUCACUCAGAUUGUGAUGACAGACACAGACAGACCACACUAUGAAGCAGCUUAUUCCUUGGGGCCUCUGCUCUGCCAAGGGGACAAUUCAUUUUGGAAUUCAGCCUCCUUCAAUACUGAGAUUUCAUAUCUUCAUUUUCCUACCUUCCAUGGGGAGCUCAGUGCUGAUCUGUCCUUCUUUUUUAAGACAACAGCUUCCUCAGGGGUGUUUGUAGAGAAUCUGGGGAUCACAGACUUCAUCAGGCUGGAGCUGCAUGCUCCUGAGGAAGUAGUCUUUUCCUUUGAUGUGGGGAAUGGACCUUGUGAAGUCACCUUGCAGUCACCCACUCCCCUUAAUGACAACCGAUGGCACCAUGUGAGGGCCGAGAGAAAUGUGAAAGAAGCCACACUCCGAGUAGACCAGCUCCCUCAGAAGAUGCAGCCUGCCCCAGCAGACGGACCUGUCCGCUUGCAGCUCAGCAGCCAGCUCUUUGUGGGGGGAACUGCCAGUAGGCAGAGGGGUUUCCUGGGCUGUAUCCGGAGCCUGCGGCUGAAUGGGGUGGCCCUGGACCUGGAAGAAAGAGCCACAGUGACGCCAGGUGUGGAGCCGGGGUGCGCAGGCCACUGCAGCAGCUAUGGCCAUCUGUGCCAUAAUGGGGGAAGAUGCCUAGAAAAACACGCAGGGAUCCAGUGUGACUGUGCCUCCUCUGCCUUCGAAGGACCCUUCUGCUCGCAAGAGGUUUCUGCAUACUUUGGAGCCGGUUCGUCAGUGAUCUACAAUUUUCAAGAACAUGACAAUAACACCUUCAAUAACAGCUCCAGUUCCUUAGUAGAGUCAUCUCAUGAAGAGCUCAAGCUGACCAGAGAAAUAGCCACGCUGAGCUUCCGAACCACAGGGGCGCCCAGUUUACUGCUCUAUGUGAGCUCUUUCUUUGAGGAACAUCUUACAGUUGUCCUCACUCCUGAUGGAAGUUUGCAGGUAAGGUACAAGCUGGAUAGACACAAAGAGCCUGAUGUGUUGGACUUUGAUUUUAAAAAUCUGGCUGAUGGGCAGCUUCACCGCUUGAAGAUUCACAGAGCAGCAUCUGUGAUCCUUGUAGAGGUUGACCAGUAUGCAAGGAAACAAGCCAUCCUAUCAUCAGGGACAGAAUUCAGUGCUGUCAGAUGCCUUGUGUUGGGGACAAUUUCAGAGCUCCCAGGGGUUGACACAGACACACAGCUGGCAGCAACGCGUGGCUUCACUGGCUGCCUCUCAGCUGUGAGCUUUGGUGGUGCUACUCCACUGAAGGCAGCUCUGCGCCCAGGAGGAGCUGCCCAAGUCACCAUCCUUGGCUCAGUCAUUGCUGCCAAUAGCUGCAUGGAGGGAUCAGCGUGGGAACUUAUGCCCAGCUUCACAGAGGGUGCAGGUUCUGGCUCAAACAAUGAGGGAGAACCCUUAGUUAAUGCAAAUAGAGGGAUUCUUCUGCCAUCGGAGGUAAAACUGAAAAAGUUAGCCGCAGGAAAGAAACUCCUGGAAGAAUACCAGCGGAGGAAUGGUCCUGCCCGAUCUGCAGAACCCAAGAGAAAGAAGAAGACUAAAAAAGGAGGUAACCCCAAGACAAACGCCGCUGGGGACGGUCAUUCAGCUGAGGGUGUGGCCAAAGACCACGCAGGCCUUGAGCCUCCCCCGCUUCUGGGCACAGUCAGAGCUGCCGGGGUCAAGAGUGACCCGGGUCCCUCCGCCACCGAGGACCUCGAAAGGUGCUACCAAGACCUGGUGCUUGCCCUCGAUGCCAGCAGAAUACAAAAUGAGCAGCUCUGCAGAGAGAUGGAACACCUCAAGCAGGUAAAUAAGGAGCUGCAGGAGCGGCAGGAGGAGACCGCCUGUAUGCACGAGGCACUGGGAGCAGAGCGGGAGCAGUACAAGCUAUCAGUGCAGAUGGUGGCUUCAGAGAAAUCCAGUUUACAAUCUGCCCUGGCCCACAUGUGGCAGGUGGCCGACGGAAGAGACCUGGAGCGGGACCACCUCACCAGCCGCCUGCAGGUUGUAGCGCAGCGCAUGAGGGAGCUGGAGAUGAAGCUGUCUACGAUCUCCACCACAGAGACUGACACCGAGCUCCACAACCUCGAGCUCAUAAAAGCCCUGAACCGCGUGACACUGCAGCUCCAGCAGAAGAGCAAACGCUGUGAACACCUGGAGGAUGAGAACAUGGAGCUGCGGGAUAUGCUGGAUGCGCUCCUGACGCAGAAGGCCAACAUGGAUAUACAAAUGCACAUGUGUCAGCAGGUGCUGGUGGAGCACGCAGAGUUGGAAAUACAACUCAAGAGCAUGAGAGAGCUGGCCACCACCUUCAAGCUGGAGAGAGACUCCCUGGAGGAGGAACUGAUGGUGGAGAGGUGUACAGGGAAGGAGAAGGCCUGGCAGCUAUUAGAGGAGGUGGGCAGGCUGAGAGAGGAGAGAGAGCAAGGGGCCAGGCAGGUGUUGGAGCUGGAGGGCGAGCUGAUGGAGCUGAGAGUGCAGCUGGCAGAUCUGCAGCACCCUGCGGGGCCAUCUCAGGCCGAGCAGCGGCUGCAGGCUCAGGCCCUGCAGUUGCAGAAGGAGCUCAAGACCCUGGAGGAGCACCUUCACCUUCAGGUGGAGGAGAACCAGAGCCUCCAUCUCCAGAGCCUGGAGCAGCAGCAGCGGCUAUGGCUACUGGAGAAGAAGGAGGAGGAAUGGGAACAACAUGCUUCGGACUGGUGCAAGAUCCUGGAGACGAUGGAGAAGGAGCAGGAGACCAAGAGAUGCAUGCUGGUGUGUAACUGCGAGCUGAAAGAGCAGCUGGCCCAGCUGCAGGACGCCUGGCAGAGGCUGAGCAUUGAGAAUGACUCGCUUGCCGGUGGGACAGCAGUCGUGGUAUUUAUCUUGGUUUGCCUUGCUGCAAUAACUAUACACAUUUAUCAACAAAGAUGGCUGUACCCCAAGAACAAAGCAGAUAUUGAAAAAGCUGGAGCUGAGACUGAAAUCUCUCUGACAAA